AUGAACGCCAAGUUGUAAGUUGCACGUGAUGGUUCACGACUUCCGAGUCUACAAUAUCCAUUUGCAGCCUUCUCUGCGUGCUCGCCCUCGUCAUGUGCUCAAUUGUGCAAGAAGCAUCGGCUCAAGUGUACGGAUACGCCUCCUCUUACUACCCGUCCUACUACGGAGGAUACGGAGCUUAUGGAGCCUAUGGAUACGGAUCCGCCUACGCCGGAUACCCUGGAUACGGAUACUACGGAAAGAGAGAGGCCGGAUUCGGACCUUCUCAGGCCAACUAG